UUCAACGGUGCGGCAGAGCUAACGGUAGCACGCCAGCUAUUGGAUUAUACAUUUAACAGUUUACAUAAAUUGAAUCAUCGUACUAAACUAUCACAUUCACGCCAUGAAUUGCCAUGCAAACUAGAAAGGAGCAUUACAAUAAGUGAUUAUUCUGUUACACCGAGUCAGUGGGUUUUGCUUGGUGUUGGCUUGAUUUGCUGACCGGGCUUGCCGAGACGGGAAGUGGUUCGGGUUCUGGCCAAUCAUGGCGCUUGUAUGUAGAACUCCGCCUCUCGCGUUCGCCGAAGACUCAUUUAUUGAACGUACUUCCUGACUCCUGCCAGACAAAAGAUGGCACUUAAGGUCGUUUAUGUCUCGUCAAACAGUAAACAAACAUCCACUGCAGAUGUUCAACGUGUGCGCUUAAGAAAUAGCUUCUUGUGCAUUUUCUAACGUGCAGCCUGCGUCUGUCGUCUUCAUAUUGCAGCAGCAUGACAGAGUUGCUGCUUUCAUUUCCAGCAGUUCCAGCUCCACCUUAAACACACGAUGUCAGUUUUCGUGCAGUUUUUUUUUUUUUUUGCAUUGACGUCAACCACAUAUAACACGAAAAAGAGGAUUUCUUCAUAUUUCGUUUGCUUGAGUCGAAAUAUGGACAGAUAGUCAGCCACAGGGGCCAGUUUUAAACCAAUCUGACCGCGACCGUGGCUGAUUUAUCUCCCAUCCCUCUGAGGAAGACACUGCGUCCAAGGAUAACCGCGACACAACCACUGGGCAGAUGAGAGUACUAACUCAGGCUCCAUCCUCCUCUACUCCCACCCUGCAUACCGAGGCUGCAACUGGGUUGCCCAGAGUGCGGCCCAGGCAAGAGCCAGCGACCGCCGCAUCAGGCACCAUGAUGGAGGGGGGCAUGCAGCUGCUCAACCGCGAUGGCCACAGCAUCUCGCACAACUCGAAACGCCACUACCACGACUCCUUCGUGUCCAUGAACAGGAUGCGACAGCGGGGCCUGCUCUGUGACAUUGUGCUUCAUGUCUCCAACAAAGAAAUCAAGGCACACAAAGUGGUGCUGGCAUCCUGCAGCCCCUACUUCCACGCAAUGUUUACCAACGAGAUGUCGGAGAGUCGGCAGACCCAUGUGACCCUUCAUGACAUUGACUGUCAGGCUUUGGAGCAGCUGGUCCAGUAUGCCUACACAGCAGAGAUAGUGGUCGGAGAAGGCAACGUGCAGACGCUGCUCCCGGCAGCGAGCCUGCUGCAGCUCAACGGGGUGCGGGACGCCUGUUGUAAGUUCCUCCUCAGCCAGCUGGACCCCUCCAACUGCCUGGGCAUCCGAGGCUUCGCUGACACGCACUCCUGCAGCGACCUGCUCAAAUCAGCACACAAGUAUGUCCUGCAGCACUUUGUGGAGGUGUCCAAGACCGAGGAGUUCAUGCUGUUGCCACUUAAACAGGUCCUGGAUUUGAUCUCCAGUGACAAUCUCAACGUGCCAUCUGAAGAAGAAGUGUACCGGGCAGUGUUGAGCUGGGUGAAACAUGACGUAGAUGGACGCAGGCAACAUGUACCCUGGCUAAUGAAGUGCGUGCGGCUGCCGCUGCUGAGGCGAGACUUUCUGAUGAGCAACGUGGACACAGAGCUGCUGGUCCGACACCACUCGGAGUGCAAGGACCUUCUCAUCGAGGCUCUUAAGUACCACCUGAUGCCUGAGCAGAGGGGGGUCCUCAGCAACAGCCGGACGCGCCUGCGACGCUGUGAGGGUGCAAGCCCUGUGCUCUUCGCCGUUGGUCAGUGUGCCCCCGAAGGUGGCGGCAGCUUGUUUGCCAUCCAUGGAGACUGCGAAGCCUAUGACACCAGGACGGAUCGCUGGCACAUGGUGGCUUCCAUGUCCACCCGGCGGGCCCGGGUGGGCGUGGCAGCCAUUGGGAACAGACUCUAUGCCGUUGGAGGGUAUGACGGCACCUCAGACCUGGCAACUGUGGAGUCCUACGACCCCAUCACCAACUCCUGGCAGCCAGAGGUUUCUAUGGGCACACGGAGGAGCUGUUUGGGUGUAGCCGUCCUUCAUGGCCUGCUGUACGCUGCUGGUGGUUAUGAUGGAGCCUCCUGCCUCAAUAGUGCAGAGCGUUACGACCCGCUGACCAGCACAUGGACCUCAAUUGCUGCCAUGAGCACCCGAAGGAGAUAUGUCCGAGUAGCAACUCUGGAUGGCAGCCUGUAUGCAGUGGGAGGUUAUGACAGCUCUUCACAUCUAGCAACAGUGGAGAAAUAUGAGCCCCAGAGCAACACGUGGACCGCCAUCGCCAACAUGCUGAGCCGGCGCAGCAGCGCCGGGGUGGCCGUGCUGGACGGCAUGCUGUAUGUCGCCGGGGGCAACGACGGCACAAGUUGCCUGAACUCUGUGGAGCGGUUCAACCCCAAGGCUAACACCUGGGAGGGAGUGGCUCCCAUGAACAUACGCAGGAGCACCCAUGACCUGGUGGCUAUGGAUGGCUGGUUGUACGCAGUGGGAGGUAACGACGGCAGCUCGAGUCUCAACUCCAUCGAGAAGUACAACCCGCGCAGCAACAAAUGGGUCGCUGCCUCCUGCAUGUUCACCCGUCGCAGCAGUGUGGGCGUGGCCGUGUUGGAGCUGCUGAACUUCCCACCGCCCUCCUCACCCACCCUCUCGGUUUCCUCAACCAGCCUUUGACACGGGGUCACCACAUGGCUGACCUCGGCCUCUGCUGCUACGGCCCAGACGGGCUCUGGGAAGAAACGCAACUGCUCGGUUUGAGACUGUGAGGAGGGGGAGGAGGGGGGGGGGGGUACAGGUAAAUGGAUGCAUGGGGAGAGGAGGAAGAGGGAAGGUGAGUACAAGGCACCUGGCUUUAUAAACCACAGUACCCUCCUUAAUUAGUGGCAAUCCUGGUAAAGUUUGGACAACUACGGUUAAAAAACGAAUUAAAACAUAAAGAAGUGAAUGUGUAGUAUCCUGUAAUCCCCCCCAAAGCAUAUCCCACAGGUGACUAACUCUCAAUUAUCAUGAACAGUUAUGAUUAUUAUGAUAAACUUAUGAUUCCCGAUCAAACAACCAUAGUUAUAGCAUUUUGAUGGUCAUACCAAUCUGGCUGCGCUACACCGUGUUUGCCAUUAAUUCAGAACUGCACAGUUUCUUGUUUGGAAGCCUGAAACUCCGCUGUACAGCUCCACCCUACACGCAAGCUCCCAGUUCAAGAGUAUAAAGAUGUGCCUGGAUGUGUUAACAUGUCGUCGAGCUUCUGCUCUUUUUCUCCCGCGUCGCUGUUUGACACACUUCUGGACUGUCACAUGUGAUGUAGAUGGUUUUUGGUUUGAUAUUGUUGUCCUCUGCGAUAUUUUUAUUUAUAUUUUAAAAAAAAAGUAAGAGAGAAACAGAAUCAUUUUUCUUUAUGGUAUGUAGCUUGUGACCCAGUAUAACAUGCAUGUUUACGGAUUGACAGUGACUCCCGACAGGAGGAUAAAGUGUUGUAGUGCCGCAGUGCCACACUAGGUGGCAGCAACAGGAAAUGUGAUACACCCUUUUCCACACUGCAGGACAGCAUGGAUACAAACACAAGUCUGCCCCUCAGAAGUCUGUAUGAGUUGGAUCCUUUUUUAUAAAAUAGAGAAGAAUUGUGUUAUAGUGGAACUAUAUGUAUUUAUAAAAAUAUAAAUUAUAAUAUAUUCUGUUUUUAAAGGUAAAAAAACAGAUCAGACCCAUUGUUUAAGAGUGUUUUUAAUAUAUUUAUUUAAGAGUGUGAUUUCAAUAUCGUCAAUUAAAUGACAAAGAGAAUGUUUUAGAGAAAGAGAGGUUGUUGUUGUUGUUCAGUUUGUGUGCUUUUUGAAGUUUUGGACUGAUUUUCUUAGCAUUUUGUGCAACAUUUGAUUUCCAUUUGUUAAUGUUUGUUCCCGGCCACAAGCAUGAUUUUACAUGAAAUUGUAUUGUCUGCCGACUAGAUCUGUGGAAAAAGGCUUUUGUUGAGUUAAUGAAAGGAUUUGUUUUCAGUACUUCAAUUACUUUCAAGUGGACAUAGUGAUAUGUAGGGAUAUCAUUCUUGGACACAUGACGGGUUUAAAAUUAAAUUAGAGCAGCAAGUACUAGUUAACACACCGUAUACUAACACCUGAUUCAAAUAAGUAAUGCUGUCACAUCUUCCAUACAUAAUCAAGUGUGGCGUCUUGUUGAAUUACCUCAUUGUUGAACUGGAUCAAACUCUAUUAAAACAAAGUUGAAGAAACAGCUUUAAGAUUAUCUGCAGAAAUGCCGGCUACUUAAAUUGUGGUGUAUGACUUAAGUAAUCACUGAAUUUUCAUUGUGUAAAAUAAAUGGGUUACCUCGAGUCUACACGAGUCAAUUAAAAGCCAGUUCAGAUUUUCUGUAGCGCGAUGAUAUGAAUCCAAACUUCUGAGAAGUUGUUUUUUUUCCUUUUUUGAAGGAUUUUUUUAAGGGAUUUUCUUGAUUGAGUUCUGUUUAUCUCUAACUACUGUACUUUUUUUUUUUUUUGUCACAGCGGACCUGGUAGUACAGUGAGUGUGAUGGUCUUAUGAAAAUGCUAUUAUUCUGUAAAGUCGCCACCAUGAGUCACACUUUAAGAGAUGUGCACAAAAAAACAAGACUUUUGCCUCUUUUCCGCUGAACUGUAAAUACAAGAAUGGUUAUUCAAAUCCAUUUGUGCAAUUCUGAUGUGACUAAAUAUUUUUUGUUUAUUUUCAAUGUUGUGAUAUUUAUUUAUUUUAUUUAUUAUAUGUUUGUUAUUUAUGAGGAACUUUAAAAUAUUGAAUCUUCAAAAUGGAGCAAUACACUGUAAAAUAUAAAUCAAAUAAAGUUGUUUUCAGAUGUGGUAA